CGAUUGAUUUUCCAAACAACCCUUAGUUAUAUCUCAAAUACAGGACGAUUUUGGGGAAAACCCCUUUUACAUCGGGAAAGUAAAUCACCGGCAACAACCAAAUCACCGCCGACCGCCGUCCGCCUAAGAUGCCGGUAUUUAAAACUCCAUUUAACGGUUACUCCGUAAAAUUCAGUCCCUUCUACGAAAACAAACUAGCUGUGGCCACUGCGCAGAAUUUCGGCAUCCUUGGUAACGGGAGAGUUCACAUUCUUCAACUCAAUCCAAACGGACCGGUAUCGGAACUUGCGGCUUUUGACACAGCUGAUGGAGUUUACGACGUUUGCUGGUCGGAAGCUCACGAUUCACUUGUAAUUGCUGGAAGUGGCGAUGGUUCUGUGAAACUCUAUGACCUUUCUUUGCCUCCCACCAAUAACCCUAUUCGUUCUUUUAAGGAACAUACACGGGAAGUUCACUCUGUUGACUAUAAUACCGUGAGAAAAGAUUCCUUCUUGUCAGCGUCUUGGGAUGAUACUGUGAAGCUAUGGACUGUUGAUAGAAAUGCCAGUGUAAGGACUUUUAAGGAACAUGCUUAUUGUGUCUAUUCCGCUGCUUGGAAUCCAAGACAUGCUGAUAUCUUUGCAUCUGCUUCUGGGGAUUGUACUACUCGCAUCUGGGAUGUCCGCGAACCAGGUUCUACAAUGAUUCUGCCUGCGCACGAGUUUGAAAUCCUCACAUGUGAUUGGAGUAAGUAUGACGAUUGUAUCAUUGCAACUGCGUCCGUUGAUAAGUCAAUCAAGGUUUGGGAUGUUAGGAAUUAUAGAGUGCCAAUAUCAGUGCUUAAUGGGCAUGGAUAUGCAGUGAGGAAAGUGAGGUUUUCACCACAUAGAGCGAGUGCAAUGGUUUCUUGUUCAUAUGACAUGACAGUUUGCAUGUGGGAUUACAUGGUGGAAGAUGCACUUAUUGGGAGGUAUGAUCAUCACACAGAGUUUGCUGUAGGAGUUGAUAUGAGCGUUCUCGUUGAAGGUCUAUUGGCUAGUACAGGAUGGGAUGAACUUGUUUAUGUUUGGCAACAUGGAAUGGACCCUAGAGCUUCUUGACAAAGGGAAGUCAAACAUUUUCUUCUUUUUACUUUUAUGUACUUAAUGCUAAGCAAGGAAGUGAAUAAACUGCUUAUGUUUGGAACAUGGAAUGGGAACUAUUUAUGAUGUCUGCUGGUGAAUUUGAAGUUUCAUUGUAUUUAAGAUUUUGGUAAAACCUUGGUAAAUGACAUUUACACCAAACAGCUUUGAUGUUUCAGAAAAUAUGUGCUACAUUCAAGCGCUUUGGGUUCUGUAUUGCUUUUUUGGAA